CUUCCGGAUGGGGCCGGGUGACGUCUGGGCCACGUGACCUUGUUCCGGCUCUCCAAAGAUGGCGGCGCCCAGAGCGGUAGCGUGAGAGUUGACGGUGGAAGACGCUGUCCAGUUGUGCCGGAAUCAAAACGCUGGGGACUGUGCGCCAUGUCGCGACUGAUCGUGAAGAACCUCCCGAAUGGGAUGAAGGAGGAGCGUUUCAGGCAGCUGUUCGCUGCCUUCGGCACGCUGACAGACUGCAGCCUGAAGUUCACCAAAGACGGCAAGUUCCGCAAGUUUGGCUUUAUCGGCUUCAAGUCCGAGGAAGAGGCCCAAACAGCACUGAACCAUUUCAACAAGAGUUUUAUUGACACGUCCCGGAUCACGGUGGAGUUCUGCAAGUCAUUUGGGGACCCAACGAAGCCCCGAGCCUGGAGCAAACAUGCCCAGAAACCAAGCCAGUCCAAGCAGCCUCCAAAAGACUCCAUUGCUCCAGAAAUGAAGAAAGAUGACAAGAAGAAAAAGGUGGCAAGUGAACUGGAGAAGCUGAAGGAAGAUACCGAGUUCCAGGAGUUCCUGUCGGUUCACCAGAGGCGGACGCAAGCGGCCACUUGGGCGAAUGACGCCCUGGACACUGAACCCUCGAAAGGGAUGGGCAAGCCGGCCAACGACUACCUGAACUUCGACUCCGAUUCAGGGCAGGAGAGUGAGGAGGAGGGCACUGGGGAGGACCCGGAAGAGGAAGAAGGCCCUGGACCGAAGGCAGCUGUGCAGAAGGAGCUGUCGGACAUGGAUUACCUGAAAUCCAAGAUGGUGAAGGCCGAGUUGUCCUCUUCCUCGGAGGAGGAGGAGAGUGAAGACGAAGCGGUGAACUGUGAUGAAGGGAGUGAGGCCGAGGAAGAGGAGUCCUCUGCCGCCCCAGCCCUGCGGGGGAGAGAGGGCGGAGGAGCCGGCCAAGAGCAAGGGGUGCCCUCUGGGACCAAGAAAGCACCGGAGGCCAGAGCCGAGGCAGAGAAACCGGCAAACCAGAAGGAACCCACCACCCCACACACCGUGAAGCUGCGGGGAGCCCCGUUCAACGUCACAGAGAAAAAUGUUGUGGAAUUCUUGGCACCCCUGAAACCCGUAGCCAUUCGCAUAGUGAGAAAUGCUCACGGGAACAAGACAGGGUACAUCUUUGUGGAUUUCCGCAGCGAAGAGGAAGUGAAGAAAGCUCUGAAAUGCAACAGGGAAUACAUGGGUGGACGCUACAUCGAGGUGUUCAGGGAAAAGAGCACCCCCACGGCCAAGUGUGCCCCGAAGAGUAGUGCCAGGCCCUGGCAGGGCCGGACGCUCGGGGAGAACGAGGAGGAAGAGGACCUGGCUGACUCCGGGAGGCUGUUUGUCCGAAACCUGCCCUACUCCAGCACCGAGGAGGACCUGGAAAAGCUCUUCUCUGCAUUCGGGCCCCUGUCUGAGCUCCACUACCCAAUCGACAGCCUGACCAAGAAACCCAAGGGCUUUGCCUUCGUCACCUUCAUGUUCCCUGAGCACGCCGUGAAGGCCUACGCGGGGGUGGACGGCCAGGUGUUCCAGGGCAGAAUGCUCCAUGUGCUACCGUCCACCAUCAAGAAGGAAGCCAGCGAGGACACCAGUGCCCCGGGGUUGUCAUCUUAUAAGAAGAAGAAGGAGGCUAAGGACAAAGCCAGCAGCUCCAGCUCUCACAACUGGAACACACUGUUCAUGGGGCCAAAUGCUGUGGCCGAUGCCAUCGCGCAGAAGUACAACGCCACCAAGAGUCAAGUGUUUGACCAUGAGACCAAGGGCAGCGUGGCCGUGCGCGUGGCGCUGGGGGAGACCCAGCUCGUCCAGGAAGUGCGGCGCUUCCUCAUCGACAACGGGGUCAGUCUGGAUUCCUUCAGCCAGGCCGCUGCAGAGCGAAGCAAGACCGUGAUUCUGGCCAAGAACCUCCCGGCAGGCACCCUGGCGGCUGAACUGCAGGAGACCUUCGGCCGAUUCGGCAGCCUGGGCCGCGUGCUGCUGCCCGAGGGUGGCAUCACCGCCAUCGUGGAGUUCCUGGAGCCCCUGGAGGCCCGCAAGGCCUUCAGACACCUGGCCUACUCCAAGUUUCACCACGUCCCCCUCUAUCUGGAGUGGGCUCCGGUUGGCGUCUUCUCCAGCUCAGCCCCGCAGGAGAAAGAGCCCCAGGAUGCACUUGCAGAAGCUGCAGAAAAGGGCGAAGUGGAGCCAGAAACUGGGGGGGAGCCAGUACCAGACAGUGAGGCCCCAGAAGGCGGAAAGCCAACCGAGGGUGGAGUGGACGCGUCUCCAGCAAAGAUGGAAGAGGAGGAGGAGGAGGAAGAAGAGGAAGAAGAAGAGAGCCUCCCAGGGUGCACUUUGUUUAUUAAGAAUCUCAACUUCGACACAACAGAGGAGACGCUGAAGAAAGUGUUUUCCAAAGUGGGGAUGGUGAAGAGCUGCUCGAUUUCCAAGAAGAAGAACAAAGCAGGAGCGCUGCUCUCCAUGGGGUUUGGAUUUGUGGAAUACAGGAAGCCCGAGCACGCCGAGAAAGCUCUCAAGCAGCUCCAGGGUGUCGUCGUGGACAGCCACACGUUGGAAGUGAGGAUCUCGGAACGAGCCACUAAGCCAGCCCUGACAUCCACUCGGAAGAAACAGGUCGCCAGAAAGCAGACGACUUCCAAGAUCCUGGUGCGGAACAUCCCCUUCCAGGCCAACAGCCGGGAGAUCCGCGAGCUCUUCAGCACCUUCGGGGAGCUGAAGACAGUCCGCUUGCCAAAGAAGAUGACCGGGACAGGCACGCACAGAGGAUUCGGCUUCGUGGACUUCCUUACCAAGCAGGAUGCAAAGAGAGCCUUCAACGCCCUGUGUCACAGCACCCACUUGUACGGCCGGAGGCUGGUGCUGGAGUGGGCUGACUCCGAGGUGACCCUGCAGGCCCUGCGGCGGAAGACGGUGGAGCACUUCCACGAGCCCCCGAAGAAGAAGCGGUCUGUGGUGUUGGACGAGAUCCUGGAGCAGCUGGAAGACAGUGAAAACGACAGCGAGGAGCAAACCCUUCAGCUGUGAGCUGGCACCGAGAGGGUCCUCAGAGGACCUAAGGCAGAGCAGAGAUUGGAUCUUCCGCCCUGUGUGCUUGGACAUUUCUCCCUGAGAUGGCUCCUGAGACCCCAAGGGGGAAGCUGACUUUGUCCGGCCCAGUGUCACACUGACCUGUGUCGUCGCGUGAACUUGAAUCUUCAACACAGAGGAAGCCAGGCCUCCCAGCACUUAGGGCUUCUUCCCCCACAGGAGCAAAAUCACUUUCAAACCACAGAGGAGAAGCAGCCCGCGAACGAGAUACACGGGUCCCAUUCUGUGAAGAAUCCCCCUCCCCAUUCCUGCGUGGUUUUUAAAUAUUUCUGAUUCUUUUAUUUUUUCACCUAUGAUAUGUGCAUUGGAUUCGUAUUUCUAAAUACAAAACCAGAUGCUUUUUUUAAA